AUGGAGCAAGCCUUGAAGAGGAACACAUACGAUAUCAAUACCCUCAACAAGACUUACACCAAAUUCGAAAAGAACUUCUUUAAAUGGCAGACUGACUUGCUUGACUACGAAAAGGAAAAUGCCAUUGAACUUCAUCAAGAAUUCAUGGAUGGAAUGAGUCUGAUUCAAAGUCAAAUGGUAGAGAUACAGGGUCAUAUGAGCAGAGCUGAUGAAGAGCAAUUGGAACAAGUCGAAUCAUUUGUAAGGCAACUUCAGGAAGUUGAAGAUGCAGAAGCAGCUGCUAAUAAAGAGAAGAACCUGACUUCCCAUGGCGAUGAUAAUGUUAAAAAGGGGAAAGGAAGUUCUAGAGGUGGCAACAACAGUAGAGAAGGCAGCAACAGUAUAGGAGGCAACAACAGUAGAGGAGGCAGUUGUGUUUCAACCGGCACCAGAUUAAAAAGAAAACAAACCGGUGAUGGUAAAUGUAGGACAAUCAAAAGAGGUGGAGGUCGCAACGGUGAUCGUGGUGGUGGAAGUGGUGGAAGUGGUCGUGGUGGCCGUUCUCUCCUUCCUUUUCAUAACCUUCUAAAUGGUGAAGGAUUCAGAUGUGAAUGA